AUGGACGUCCUUUUAUAUGCCAUGAACAUACUGUGCAUGCGGCUCAGUAAUGUACUGGCUGAAAUGGUGGCGAAGGGGAAACAUUUGGCUCACUUUGAAGAUCCUAGUGCAUGUGGGCGCACAGCAUACGUGACGGAUGGUGACAUUCCUCAAGAAAUAGUGGACGCAUUGAACCGGAAAGCGAAGGACUACGACGAGAUCACGCCGCGCGAUGUCAGCACAUUUCUCAAUGACGCUCUAAAACGCUAUUACUCAACAUCAAUGUGGCCAGUAAAUGAAGAGACGAAUGGAGAAACGGUGGACGAAGGUGAAAAUAGUGUCGGGAUGGAAAGCAUGCCGGAUUCUGAUAAGCAUUUCUCAUUGGUUAAAUUGGAGGACGAGAAGCCGACUUCAUCAAUUUCUAGAGUGGACGAGUUUCCACCAGACCACGAAUCGAUAUCCACGUCAAAUAACAAACCAUCUCUCCAGGAGACAGACCCAGCUGAUUUGGAUCGUUAUUACCUUGUUAAAGGGAAGAUGUUGAUGCAGCUGUUUCGACUGUGCCCUCGAUGCGGACAUAGGUUAAACGGAGCACAACUUUGUGCCGCUGGGACUGCUGCCGUUGUGAAAUUCCUCUGCGACGAUUGCAGCAUACAGCAGCCAGUUGUGAGACGGUGGGAUAGUCAGGACAGGAAAGAGCAGAUAUUUAAUUGCGGAACAUAA